AUGACUAUAUACUCUCGUAUUUUGUGCACAUGCGCUUGCAUUGAGCGACACAAUGGCCGCAUCGUCUACUUGACCUACACUCCUCCGGCCGGCUUUGGCAGCGUAGAUACCUCACUUUUCCUCGUUGGCAAAGGCAUCACUUAUGAUACAGGUGGAGCUGAUUUGAAAGCAGGUGGCAAUAUGGCUGGUAUGCACAGAGAUAAGUGUGGCGCCGCUGCCCUUUGCGGCUUCAUCAAAGCACUUGGUCUGAUAAAGCCGUCUGGCCUCUCGGUCAUGGUGGCCUGCGCCUUUGUACGUAAUAGCAUUGGCUCCAAUUGCUAUGUGUCCGAUGAAAUUAUCGUUUCGCGAGCCGGAAAGCGCGUUCGUGUUGGCAACACGGAUGCCGAGGGCAGAAUGGUUAUGGCUGACUUGCUUUGUGAGAUGAAGGAGAAGGUUGGUAUUAAAUUUUGA